AUGUCAUCAGUCCUCCAACACAAGUCAGAAAAGUCAUCAGUCAGCCAACACAAGUCAGAAAAGUCAUCAGUCCUCCAACACAAGUCAGGAAAGUCAUCAGUCAGCCAACACAAGUCAGAAAAGUCAUCAGUCAGCCAACACAAGUCACUAAUGUCAUCAGUCCUCCAACACAAGUCAGGAAAGUCAUCAGUCAGCCAACACAAGUCAGGAAAGUCAUCAGUCAGCCAACACAAGUCAGGAAAGUCAUCAGUCAGCCUACACAAGUCAGGAAAGUCAUCAGUCAGCCAACACAAGUCAGGAAAGUCAUCAGUCAGCCUACAGCAGUCAGAAAUAUCAUCAGUCAGCCAACACAAGUCAGAUAAGUCAUCAGUCAGCCAACACAAGUCAGAAAAGUCAUCAGUUAGCCUACAGCAGUCAGAAAAGUCAUCAGUCAGCCAACACAAGUCAGUAAAGUCAUCAGUCAGCCAACACGAGUCAGAAAAGUCAUCAGUCAGCCAACACAAGUCAGAAAAGUCAUCAGUCAGCCAACACAAGUCAGAAAAGUCAUCAGUCAGCCAACACAAGUCAGAAAAGUCAUCAGUCAGCCAACACAAGUCAGAAAAGUCAUCAGUCAGCCAACACAAGUCAGAAAAGUCAUCAGUCAGCCAACACAAGUCAACAACCAGUAAACAAACACAGCCACAACAACAUGGCUAA